AUGCCAGACCUCACCAGAUCCACCAGCGGCUCCUCAUCACCCAAGACACCGACACCCAGGUACACAAAACGCAAUGCAUCGUUCAGCUCACCGAGGGAGGUGCCAUUACCGUCGCCGACAGUUGUGAACGCAGCAGAGUCGUAUUUCAGCGAGGGAGUGGGGAGUGAGCGCCAAGAGAAUCAUACAGGAUCCGGAUCAGACCUCGUGGAAUCCUCUCCGGGCCAAUUUUCAGGCUCGUUCUUCAGGUUCUCCUCAGCCAGUCUUCCCUCAAACAACCAAAUCCCUUUUUAUGCUCUCCCGGACAGGAAACCCAUGCAAGACUCCGGUAAUGAAAAACGAAAUCCACUCUGUCCACCAAUCCACGAGUCCUCUUCUUCCUCAGAUGACUCUAUCGCUUCCGGCUCUUCCUCAUCAUCCUCUUCAUCGUCGUCCUUCACAUCCGCAGCAAGCUCCAACACACACAAUCAUACACACAUCGACUCUGACCGCAAACCACCCCCUCUAGACCGCCCAGUCAGCCCAGUCAACAACUUCCCUACCGCAAUGCGUCGCUCGUCGCCAGCACUCUCCCUGCCAACCACCUUUUUGCCACCAGAACCCCCCAGAAUCCUUGAGAACGAACCAACACCUUCAGAAUCUGCAAAUCGCGUACCAGCACCCUAUGAAUUCUUCCUCAACAGCAGAGGCCCGCCGCCAGCGGACAGCUGGCUCGAAAUCGAAACACUUCACACCGAGUACCGUCUCUUCGCCCGCCUGCCAGGUUUCAGCAGAGAAGGAAUCACAUUGGCCACGAAACGCAGGCGGAUUUUGCACUUGGUAGCGGAUAAAUGGGACAAUGGCGGUGGGCACUUUGAAAGGCGGAUAUCAUUCGGAUACGAUGCAGACCUGGUGCAGGUGCGAGCAGAGUUUGACGGUGAGAUGCUGAGGGUCACCAUCCCUCGACGGCAUAACUGGUCAAGCUCACGGAUUGCGUACUCGGGGAGAGCAUGCUAGGCCGGUUGCCAUCGCUGGCCCAGCGAUCAAUCUUUCCAUCCUCAACACUCCCGUCGCUGCGCAACGACCGUCCGCACGACCACCAACCCAGCGACGGCGCCAGCCCUCACCUCGCCCUCAUCGACAUCGUGCGAGGAAUCCCCGCUCUUUUGGAGCGGAUGGAGCACUUCGCUCCUCUACCGCACCACAGCUCCCAACCUGUCCGCAACUCCCAGGAUCCCUGCAAGUUACCGAUCUCCCGGUAUAUUUGCGCAUGUUCUAUUCUUGCAUCCCGUCGGCCUCGUUUUCUACGCAGCUGUUGCACCAACCUUUAUGUCAUGAAACACACACAUCGCAUCGACUUGGUCUCGCAUCAUCAUCCGCAUCGGCAUUCGUCAUUUUCACCAGCAGCAGCAGCAGCAGUUAUAUCUAUCGCA